AUGGACCCACAAGAGAUGGUCGUCAAGAACCCCUAUGCCCACAUCAGCAUCCCCCGAGCUCACCUGCGGCCUGACUUGGUGAAGCAGCUGGAGGCAGUUCCCGCCUCAUCCUCCUCGUCCCCCUCAUCACAGCCUCUGCCUAUGGGACCCUGUGCACCGGAACCCACCCACCUCCUGCAGCCCACUGAGGUCCCAGAUGCCAAGGGGGCCAAGGGCGCCAAGGGGGCCACCCCCGUCCAGGGUCAGGAGACAUGGCCGCAUCCCAACAACCCCUACGGCAGCGUCCAGCGCCCAGCAGGACUGACCUAUGCCGGCCUACCGCCCAUCGGGCGUGGAGACGACAUUGCUCACCACUGCUGCUGUCUUCCCUGCUGUUCCUGCUGUCACUGCCCCCGGUUCUGCCGCUGCCACAGUUGCUGCUGCGUCAUCUCCUAG